GUAAGCGGCGCUACCUAUCCUUCCACGGGUUCUUCUACCCACUGGCGAGCUCAGUCCAUAGGACCAACGGAGCAUGCUCUCCGUCGGCGGCCGCUUCCAUGGCGGAGCUCCCCCAUGGCAAAGGCCCCGGCCGACCUCGUGCCUGACGUCGCCGCCGGCCUCCAGCAGCGGCGGCGGUGCCCCCGCCGACGACUCCGAAAAGUUGAGGCCUUUGCUCGUGGAGAGGUACCGGGACGGCGUCGCCAAGAGGUACAUGUUGGACGGCGACUCUAAACUGCAAGUUCGUUUGGAGAAGCAUGAACACCUGUUGAACAACGCGGAAGAUGGAAAACCAGAUUCUUCGAUUCCCCGGGCUAUUACGGAUUUCGUGCUCCCGGCCGGGUUUCCAGGAUCUGUUUCUGAUGAUUACCUGCAGUACAUGCUAUGGCAAUUCCCAACAAACGUGACAGGAUGGAUCUGUCACACAUUGGUCACAUCAAGUCUUUUGAAGGCUGUAGGUGUUGGGUCCUUUACAGGAACUUCAGCAGCUGCUUCUGCUGCUGCUAUCAGAUGGGUAUCAAAAGAUGGCAUAGGAGCUUUUGGGCGUCUUCUCAUUGGUGGACGUUUUGGAACGCUUUUUGAUAAUGACCCAAAAAAGUGGAGGAUGUAUGCAGAUUUCAUUGGGAGUGUUGGAAGUAUCUUUGAGCUCACCACUCCCCUUUAUCCUGGUUACUUUCUCCCACUUGCAUCAUUGGGGAAUCUUGCAAAGGCGGUAGGAAGAGGAUUUAGAGAUCCUUCUAAUCGUGUUAUCCAAAAUCACUUCGCAAAAUCUGGAAAUCUUGGGGAGAUUGCUGCAAAGGAGGAAGUAUGGGGAGUAGGAGCUCAGCUGUUAGGACUUUCUAUCGGUGUACUUAUUCUGGACACAUCAGGUGUACAGUCAUCAUACCCAACCCUUACUUUGACAUGGCUGGGUGUUCGUCUUCUACAUCUUUGGUUUCGUUACCAGUCCCUAAUAGUUCUCAAGUUCCGCACAGUAAACCUAAAACGUGCUCGGAUUCUUGUGAGAUCACAUGUUGCACACCAUACAGUUCCUGGCUAUGUUGCUUGCAAUGAGGAAGAGAAUAUUUUAACAUGGGAGAGAUUCUUACAGCCCCAAAUUUCUUUUGGUGUGCCCAUGGAGAGGAUGCUCGGUGGAGGGGAACCCAGUGACAUGCAGGUGAGUAGGCUGCUGAAGCUAUACAAGAAUGAGAUGUACAUCCUCUUUGUUGAUCAGUCCGAGUCAAAAGAGCCAGCUUUUGUUGUUACAUUCAAGGAAGCGGCAACGAGCAUGUCGGUUCUAAGGAGCCUAUGGCAAGCGCAUUGGCUGCACAAAAACAAGCCAAAGCAGGACGAUGUCUUCGCUUUGCUAGAGGAGAGCCUUGCAGCAUUGGAGGGUGGAUUCACUGAUUUCAUCGAACAAAUGGAGAGAGCUGGUUGGGAUCAAAGCCAAAUCUUUUUGAAGGUGCCAAAAGAACCUGUAUUGGUGUUAGAGCAGGAGCACCUUGACCAAGAAGCGUAAGAUAACAACCACCUCGUAGUGGCAGGGCAGCCAAACUUGCGAUUUUUGGGGUUAGACCGGUGCUAACCAAACCGAUUUCAACUGAACAACCAAUAGAAGCCCAAAGCCUCUGAUGGCAGAUAUUCAGUGAGCUAACAAUCUAGUAAAUUGCAAGAAAUUUUGUUUGGCAUGUGACCCAAUCUUCUCACUGUCAAAAAAGAAAUUUACUGCUAAUUCAUCAGUUUGUUUUGAUUCUCCUUAAUUUGAACAAUGAGGUAUCUAACUCCUGUCAACUGUGGGAAUUGAAUUGUUACACACUUGCACU